AUGGGACUAGUUUUAGUGGAGAUCACCUCUACGUACCUUACUGUGUCGGUACGUAUAUGCUGCCCUACCAGGGGACCACACAACCCUCAGGCCACCGACAAGCCCAGCACUCCCAGCACUCCCAGUCACCUCACACCUCACACCUCACUUGCUUACCUCGCGUUCCUACGGAUAUUCCUGCUGCUCGCCUUUGUCACAUCUCUGAUUCAUCGAAUUCUGCUUUGCCUUGGACAGCAAUGGGAUACGAAUACUCCCGAGUCCCAGAACUCCCAGCUGCAUCGCCCCUGGCAUGGCACCGCAUGGGAAUGCACCGUCAAGGCUGCCGAAAGAGCUUACCAAAUUCAACACCCUUGA